CUUCCCCUCUUGACGAUUCAAAGGUCAUAUUAUAUUAAACAACGAGAUAUAAUUCAACGAUAACACCAGCGUUUUGACGUUAACCACCACCACUUUGUUCGUAAGUGAUGGAAAAUUGUGAAGAUUAUAGUUAAUUAGUUGAUUUGAGUUAGUAUUUUACUGUCGGCGUAUAAGGUUUAUACUUUUUCCUUAUGAAAUAAUUGGACAAUAACGUGUUGAUGGUGUGUUUGCAAUAAAAUAAGGAAAAUGAUGCGUGUUAUAUUGUGCUUCACUAUCAGUAUUGUUUGGCUCACCGUUGCGGAUAAUGAUAACAAACACUAUCGCUUCGACUACGUGUACCACCAAAAGGCGGGCGGUUGGCUGAAAUAUCAUGAGGUUCCCGCCGAUUUCCUCACCGCGUUCCAGAAGUGCAGAGCCGAAGGAGCGGUGCUGGCGUCACCAUUAACAGAUGGGAUCCUGGAAGCCAUGGUCGAGCUGCAGAAGGCGAACAGUGAAUCCUGUGCCAUCUUGACGGGAGUGCAUUCCACCUUCUCCAAGGGAGACUAUUACUCCAUCGACGGAGUGCCUCUGCUGAGGAUGUCGGUUUCUUGGGCACCGGAUGAACCAGACAACCAUGAGAACAGCGAAGAUUGCACCAUCAUGCUGCACAGCGGCAAGAUGGUUGACGUGCGCUGCAACGACCUUUAUCCCUAUAUAUGUUUUAGGAAGGAAUCUUGCGAUAAGGUCACUUCAACCUGUGGAACCGUGGACAAAGACUAUACCCUGGAUGUGCGUACCGGCAGUUGUUAUAAGUUCCACCUGGUCGCUCGCACAUGGAGACAAGCGUCGAUGACUUGCAACGCCGAGGGUGGUCACCUUGCCAUCAUCAACAGCGAGACUGAAGCGCAGGUCAUCAGAGAUAUCUUCGCCAAAGUUCCGAGGAAAUCGAUUUUGUCCCCGUAUAAUUUCGUCGCUUCCAUCGGCUUUUCCGAUUGGGGGGAACGGGGCGUCUGGUAUACAGUACACGGUCAGACUCUUCAAGAGGCUGGCUACUCAUCAUUCCUAAAAGGGGAACCAAAUAACAGCACCUUAUAUGACGGUGGUUCCUUCUGUGGCGGAGUGAGUGAUGACGGAUUGCUGCAUGAUCUCUGGUGCAACGGGAUCAACUUCGCCUUUAUUUGUGAAAAACUACCUGAUAGCCUGUUGAGUUUGUAAAAUGCAAAUCUUGCAAGAAAUAUACUUACGUAUGCAAUAACUUCUACUUUUACACUAAUCCCUCAGAAAUCAUCAUCGUCAGCCUAUUAAUGUUCCUACUAUGUUCAUUGCUGGGAAAUAGGUCUCCCCCUAUGUAUGGAAUAGGGCGUUUGGGCCAUGACCUACCAAGUGGACCCCAUGCGGAUUGUUGGAUGCUAACGAAAGGAGCUCGAGAUUUUAAUUAAAAAGCGAGAGGUAGGGCACAGUCUCUUUACCGCUCGCAUUGGAACACUUCUAAGGAAGCAACCUCCACCUUACACAAGACCACAGUAAAAUAUCACUACCUUUUUUGGUGGUGUUGUAUUUCUGCCAGUGCGUCGAUCGAUUAGUGGAUAUACAAUUUUCUUUUUAGUUAAACGCUGUAAAUGACAGAAAAGAGAAUAGGCCGGCUGUGGUGGUUAUUAAUAUAGUGCAAAAAAAAAAUCUAUGUGGUCACUUCUUAAAUAUACAACUUGGUGGCAGACAGAUAGACAGACGGACAGUGGAGUCUUAGUAAUGGGGUCCUAUUUUUACGCUUCGCGUACGCAACCCUAAAAAAGAUUUUUUACACAGAUAAUGCCAGAUCUACCAUAACUGUAACAGUAACUAUAAUAAUACUAAUAAUUAUUCGCCGUCUCAAAAUACAACCAAUAAUUAUGCUAUCGGCCUUUUAUUUAUGUCGGCAUAUCAACUCCUUAUUUUCAAAUUCGACGACGACCUCUGUGGCCGAGUAGUUUGUACGCCGGGUUUCAUGGUGUCGCCGACUCGAGAAAUCAGAAUUCAGAAAUCAAUAUAUCUUUAUUCAAAUUGGAUGUAUAGUACAACUCUUUUGAAUCGUCCAAAAAAUUUUUUUUUCCCUACCACUCGUUAUGGACAUAUUUAUUAGCUGCGGAGAAAAACGAACGAAAAAAACUCCACAACAUUAAAAGUCUAAUGUAACAACAUUUACAAAUCAUUAUGUUGUUACAACGUCAAUACAAUUAUGAUUUAUUUAAUAUAGAAAACCUGUUGGAAUGAUUGGAACAGAUCAAAUCCAAGCAUUUUUGUCUGUAAUAUAAUCAGACACUUUGUAAUAAGCUUUUUUAAUAAGUGUUUUUUUUAUAAUAUCUUUAAAUUUAUUUAUGGCUAACUCUUGGAAUUUGCUUGGGACUUUAAUGUAUAAGCGAACAUAAAGACCUUUAAAUGAAUUAUUAAUUUUGUGAAGCCUAGUAGCAGUUAAAGUUAGUUUAUUUUUGUUUCUUGUAUUAAUUGUGUGAACAUCACUGUUUAUAAGAAACAAAUUAAUAUUUUUUCUUACAAGUAAUAAAUUUUCGUAUAUGUAUUGUGAUGCGACCGUCAUUAUUCCAAAUUCUUUAAACUUAUCUCUUAAUAAUUCUUUAAUUUUAAGAUUAUAAAUUGAUCGUAUAGCUCUCUUCUGCAGCACAAAAAUAGUUUGAAUGUCGGCGGCAUUUCCCCACAAUAAAAUUCCGUACGACAUUACACUAUGGAAAUAACUAAAGUACACUAAUCUGGCCGUCCAGAGGUCCCGGGUUCGAAUCCCGGUGGGGGCAGAUGUUUGUGUGAUGAAUACGAGCAUUUGUACUCCAGUCAUGGAUGUUUAAUAUGUAUUUCUAUAUAAAUAUACUUAUAUAUGUACAGUAUAUGUAUUCUAUCCGUUACCCUAGCAUCCCAUAACACAAGCCUUAUAAUGCUUACUUUGGGGCUAGGCUAAUUGGUGUGUUGGAAAAAAAAAUCCAUAGUACAAGCAAGGGCCUAUAUAAUGAUGCCCUACUAUUUCACACUCGGCAAUAGUUUCGGCGCUUUUAACCAUUGCCACGUUUAUCUUUAAUGUUGCGGCCGCAAAUGAGAAAAACUUAUCAAUACUUAUCACGCUGCAUCAACCGCAACCGCAACAAACGCUGUCAAUAAAAAAUAUUUUCAAUUGUGAUAAAGCCCGUAGUAAAGCUUAACGGUAGGUCAAGUCAAAGCAGUGAACGAUCAAUAUUCACUUGACAAGUCGACUUGAUCGUCUCUUGGACGGAUUAGAUUUCCGAGUGAUCAAGUCAGGCUACAAGAUUAGAUCGCAAUUGUUCAUGAACAAAAAAGCGAAUCAUUCUGGGUUCCAUCAAAGGUGCAGAAUCUGUAGUGAUCUCUUCAAAACUACUAAUAAAUAUGUUUCGAUAUAAGGACAAAUACUACGAAAAAAAUGAUUGUUCAAUAUUCAAUAAAUUUGAUUUACAUUCAUAAGAUGUACGUGGGACACACAGAAAGUUUCUUCUAUGAAAAAAGAUAUAUUUUUUAAAUCUUUACAAAGAACUCUUGACCAGCCACUAUACAAAGUUUAAUGCGUCUGAACCAAUUUACAAUCAUUUUUUCCAGUCCUCCGCAGACACCUGUUCCACGGCCUUCUCAAACGCUGCUAGCGCUUCUUCCGGCGAUGAAAACUGUAUCCCUUUGAGCUGAUUUUUUAUUUUAGGAAUUAAAAAGAAGUCACACGGAGCUAAAUCAGGACUGUAAGGAGGGUGUCCCAGGACUCUGACUGGUGUGGAGUCCAGGAAGUUUUUCUUUUUGAUCGCAGAGUGCGCGGCCGCGUUGUCGUGGUGAACAAGGACCCCGCGGAGCCCGGUAUUAGGUCGCUUGUUACUGCAGAAAAAACUUCUGGCAGGCAUUUUGUGCUAUACCAUUACCAUUAGGUACUCAAAGUGAAGAAAUUCAAUUUCCCUGCGCUCCUCGAUCGCUUCACUUUCGUAAUCGUUGGUUUAUUUUGAAACGGCCAAAAUGUCGACUGACGCUUUCUUUCUGGAUCGUAUUGAUAAAUCCAGGAUUCGUCACCUGUCACAAUAUCGUAAACGCACCGUGACGAGUCUGCAUUUCUUUUUUUAUCAUAUCACUGCACCAAUGCUUCAUAACACGGGCCUGCUUCUGAGCUUCGGUGAGGUUGUGCGGCACCCAGCGGGAAACUAUCCUCCUUACGCAAAGGCGCUCGUGCAAAAUCUUGUGAACACUUCCUGAACCAAUCUGCAGUGUAUGCUUAUUCGUCUGUUUUCUUGAAUUUUUUUUUUUACUGCCAGCACACUUUCUUCGGUGACAGCCGUCGUAGGACGACCACUCCUUUGUUCAUCCCCCAAAGUAAGACGACCGCGUUUGAACUCGCUACACCAGCGGUAGAUUGUUGCUUUUGAAGGUCAUUCAUCCAUAAAAGCAGUUCCCAACCGAUAAAAUGACUCAACAGGUUUUAAGCAACAUUUAAAAUCCUAAAAAAUCUAGCACGAAAAUGUUCCUUUUCCUGAACCUGCAUGCCAAAUUUCAGCCCGAUCCGUCCAGUGGUUUGGGCUGUGCGUUGAUAGAUCACUAUGUCAGUCAGUCAGUCACCUUUGAGUUAUAUAUAUAUAUAUAUAAAGCGCAUAUGCGCUUUCGAGCUUAUCGUACACAUGUAUGUCCAGUGUCAGUGCAAUGAUAUGACACCAUCGAACUGAUGAUAAAAACAGGAGUAAUGGUAACUAUGUCACAAAAUGUACAAGAACUCUGUAUAGUAUAUGAAUGAGCUGAUUGUUGGAUCCAAAAGCACUCGGGUCGGCUGCUCAAUUGACGGACACUGUGUUAAUAGCAUCAAUUACGCAGACGAUAUGGUUCUUCUGAGCCCAUCCAUCAGCGCCCUUAGGAGACUGUUAUCAGUGUGUAAGGCUUACACCAUGACUCAUGGUCUUAGGUAUUACGUGGCUAAAACUGAGCUCCUUGUAUUUGGUGUGGGCUCUAAAAUACCUGCCGUCGUUCCCUUUGUGCCAUUGGGUGGUAUGGCACUCAAACCUAUCACAGGGUGUGAGUACGUCGGACAUGUGGUCACUGCGGACUUGAGAGACGACUCAGAUAUAGAGAGAGCACGGAGAGCGUUGGCUGUCCGCUGCAACAUGCUAGCUCGCAGGUUCACUCGCUGUGCUGCAGAGGUUAAAAUUACCUUGUUCAAGGCCUACUGCCAGUCUCUAUAUACGUGCGUCUUGUGGGUUAGAUAUACGUAGCGGACACACGCUACACACACAACGCUAUCCCUGUACAAUAUAAUAAUGGAUUGAGAAGUUGUUAAAGCUCCCAUGCUACUGCAGUGCAUCGGGAUUUUCAGUGCCCACUUAGACGACUUCCCUUCAGUGAUGCGCAAGAGAAUUGCAUCACUGAUGCACAGGGUUCGUAGGAGCACCAACAGCAUUCUUCAUGUUAUCGGGAAAAAACCGGAGAGUGCCAUUCUGAGACACUGGGUACAUAUGCACUUCUGUGCCUCAGAGGGUGAAUUGAAUGAAAUGAAUUUAAUUUAUUUUAAUAAAUUUGUCAGAAUGAAAGGCAAAAAUAUGAAUUAAUAUUAUUUUUUAAAUGUACUAAAACAGUUUUUAAGAUUUGAUUGUUACUAACAUUGCUAUGGAUCUAGGACAUCUGAAAUAAACAUUUAUUAUUAUUAUUAUUAUUAUAGAUGUUCUGCGUGAUGUCCAAGGUCUGAAAAAGUUGUCCUGCCCUAGGACAACCAUAAGGUUUUUUAGGUAUUUUGUAAUAUGAAUGUGUCCGAUGUAAACGAACUUCUUUACAUUAAGUAGGUCAAUAGUAUGUGCCCAUUAACUAUAAGGCUGUGUUGACAAUGAGUGGUUUGGGUAAUCCUUUCUGGUUUCAUAAGUGAACUUACCAUCAUUGUUUUUAUUUAAUUUUAUAUAUAGUUAGCUUCACAAUAUUUUCGAGAGUAAUCUGAGAGUAAGGUAUUUCAUUAUCCAAUGAUUACAUUAUAAUCAGGGCUUGAAACCGGUUUCGAAAAUACCUGUAAAUAAAGGUUAAUACCGGUUUUUAGUAAAAGUUUCGUUCGGAGCGCGUCCGAAAUGAAAGCGUUACCUAAACCUUAAUAAACCGGUUAAAUCCAGAGCGCCACUUGCACGCGUCGGCAUCGCUUAAAGUUUGUUUUGUUGGAACUAAUCAAGUCACAACUUGUUAAUGCUCAGAGAUUGAUGCAUUUAUUGACACGAUUGCUUAUCGAUGCCGUCAGAAAGAGCGAAAUGAAACCCUUUAAAAACCGCUAAAUUUAUUCAAAACCUAUUUGAUUUCGCUCUUUAGAAAAACCGGUUUUUUGAAGUUAAGGUAGAGCCAAACCUAAAUAAAACGCUCCUAAUGUACUUGAGACUGAUUUAGGUUUGAAAAUUAACCGGUAAACAAGCCCUGAUUAUAAUAUUCAAUUCCCUCGUCUCGAUGUCUUUUAAGACAUUAUUCGGCACACAGAAACAAAAAAAAAAAUAAUAAGACAAGGUAACGUUUUAGUUGAAAAGAUAAAACUGUUAUUCUAAUUAUCAUCAGGAAUCAAGCUGCCUGGUUUCUUCUCACAGAUGAAAGGAAAAGAAGCGCUAUUACACCACACGUCAUCCAAAACGCCUGUACGGUACACCCCUCCGCAGAGUGAACCAUUUUCGUAAGCCUUAUGGUUGUCUGGCUGGCCAUUUGCGAACGUUGAAUAACCAGCUUUUUCAAGAGAUU